AGUACAGAAUCUGAAACCAACAAAUAAGUACCAGAACAAAGAACCAACACAGCAAACCGUCUGUUAUCAAAAUUUACACAUACAUGAAAUGAAAAGGGCAAAAAACGCGGUUCUUUUCAAUAAACGAUAGCGCAGUAUCAGAAAGGAAACGAGAGUGAGAAAGCAAUCUUGAGCGGAGUUUCAUCUUCAAGCACUCCGUGAUUACAGUAACCCCAUCAACAAGAACAAUGGUUGUUCUUUAUCUUCUUCUUGCUUUCUUGACGAGCAUUAAUGGGCUCUUUGUACAAGAAAAGUCUUCUGUAAUGGCAAAUGGGUCGCAUGUAUCUGCUUUCUACAUAAUGGGUGACUCUUCUGUUGAUUGUGGAGAGAACAAUCCCUUGUACCCUUUCUUUCACCGCAAUUUUUCUUUGGUUCCUUGUAGUGAUUCCGAUUCAAUGCUUCUUCCUUAUGUUCUUGCUAAAAAGAUGGGCUUGUCAAAUAUCUCACCAUUUUAUGUUCAGAAUGGGUCGAUUGAAGUGCUAAGAAGCGGUUUGAAUUAUGGUUCAGCACAUGCAACAAUCAUGAAACCUGGAAGUUUCCGUGAGCAGUCUCUCAGUGAGCAACUACGUCAAGUAUUUGAAACCUUUCAAUUGUUGCAGCUCCAGCUCAGUGAGGAAACUGCACAACAGUUUAUCAAAUCCUCUUUAUUUUACCUGUCAUUUGGCAGAGAUGACUAUCUCGAUCUCUUUCUUAGCAAUCCUUCUGGUAUAAUGCUCAAGUACAGUGGCCGAGAAUUUGCUCAAAUUCUGGCCAACCAGAUGGUUCUUGCUAUUAGGAGCCUCUAUGAUGCGAAUGUGAGGAAGAUCAUAUGCGUGGGGAUAUUGCCUUUGGGAUGCACACCUCGAACGGCAUGGGAAUGGCAUAAUGCAACUACUGUUGUUGGUGUAAGGGGUUGUGUGCAAGAGGUGAAUGAGCUAGUUUUGCAAUACAACAUAAUAAUCAAUGAGCAUAUUAUUGCGCUCAACAAGGAGUUUCCUGAUGCUCAGAUCAUCUUCUGUGAUGUCUACCAAGGAAUCAUGGAGAUCAUAUCAAAUCCAAUACAAUAUGGAUUUGAAGAUGCGAAGAACGCUUGCUGUGGGCUUGGUCUGCACGGUGUGGCUAUAGGUUGUCUUUCUGUAGAGAUGUCCUGCAACCAACCUUCAGCUUAUGUGUGGUGGGAUCUCUAUAACCCUUCAAAAGCAGUGAACUCUUUUCUUGCUGAUGCUGCUUGGUCUGGCUACACCUUGUCUGGUAUUUGCCAUCCUAUGACAGUCCAGGAUCUGGUUCAUGCACCAGUUGCAUAUCUGACUUGAGGCUAGACAUGCUUCAUCAAAUUGUUGUCUUGCCCUUUUUAGCCGUUUUUUGUAUGGUUAGAAAUUUCUUUUCGUUAGAAUUUUAUCAAAUUGAAUAUAAAAUUCUUUGUUAGUAUACCACUUUUUACUAUAAAAUUUGUGUUCAUAAUUCGUCUAUUUAUAAAUACUGUCACAUUUAGAUUUUCAGGUCUCUUAAAGAAAACUAUUCAAUUUAUCUAAGUUAUAAUAAAUUAUUAUAUCAAUUGAUUAUAAUAUUCUUAAUUUGUCUAAAUUACAAUAAAUUAUCGAGAAAGUGAAAUGAUCAUUAUUAUUAUAUAUAAAGGGUAAAAAUGAAAAAAAUAAUUCAUUAUUUAUAAAAUCUGUCAAAAUGUUUGGGAAUAUUGCUUGGAGAAAUUAAUGCAUACAGUUAACAAAAACGACAUUUGAACUAUGAUACGACACACAGUUCGAGAAAAAGAAAGUAUGAUAAGAAACUAAAAUAUUCAAAUCCCACCAUGCCACUUCCACAAAACCUAAAGCUAUCACUUUCUUCAUCUCCACUAUCAGCACUCUCAGUCUUCUUGCUUCUCUCUCUGCUGCAAUUUUCACUCUCUAAAU